AUGUCCACCCAACUCGCCUCCGUAGUCAUCAUCGGAGCUUCCCACGCAGGCCUAGGAGUCACUCACAAACUCCUCCGACAGACCACUAAAGCCUCAAUCACCCUAAUCAACCCCUCAGACGAAUACUACUUCAACAUCGCGGCACCCCGUUUCCUCGUCAAGCCCGAGAGCUUACCAUCAAGCAAAUACCUAUUCAACAUCCGUGACUCCUUCACCGAAUACCCCAAUGACACCAUCACAUUCAUCAAAGGUCUUGCAACCAAAAUCGAUUACGCAAAAAAAUCCUCGCAUCCGGAAGCACCACCCCCGCGACCCUCGGGACAGGGGAGACUAAAACUCCCCUUCAAGACAACAGCCUUCGAAAACACCCGGGACGCGAUCUCAGCAGCGCAGAAGACCCUCCAGUCCGCCACGAGAAUCGUAAUUGGCGGUGGCGGUCCCCUGGGCGUCGAACUCACCGGCGAACUAGCCGAAGCACCCGGCCCAGCGAAGACCAUCACGCUGAUCUCAAAGACCGAAUCCCUCCUACCAGACGCACCGACAACCGUGCAACGAACCGCCGAGUCCCUCCUCCAGCGAAAGUCCAUCGAGGUCCUAAAACCCGUCACCGUCAGACACGCAACACAAGACCCCAACACGCAAACCUGGACAAUCACUCUCUCGACCGACCAAACCAUCACAGCAGACGCAUACAUCUCCACGACCGGGACCAUCCCCAACAAUGCCUACAUCCCAACAACCUUCCUCACCCCCGACGGCUGGGUAAAGGUAGACGAGCACCUCAACGUAGUGGACACCGAAACCAGCCUACCUGACAUCUACGCCGUCGGCGACAUCACCUACCAUCCAGAUCGACUCCUCUCGCGCGUCUCAAAGCAGGCAAUCACCGUGGCUGUCAAUAUUGUCUCCAGGAUUGAGAAUGAGUAUCGGCCUGUGAGAUACUCCGCGGACGCGCAGAUGAAGAUGUUGGUUGUGUCGGUGGGACGGGGCACGGGGACGGGGCAUUUGGCUGGGUGGACGCUUUGGGGGUGUUUGGUGUGGGUUUUUAAGGGGAGGGAUUAUUUGACGUAUGAGGCGGGGAAGUUUUGGAGGGGGAGGGCGAAGUAG